GGGCGAGGCCAGGGCGGGGUCUCGGGCAGUCUCCUGCGGAUCCCGACUGGAGCCGACCGCCGCGAGAGUGUACCAAGCCCGUGGAGUCGCCGCGCCCCGCAGCCACCCCCACUGGGCCCCCGCCUUGAGUGUGGGCCCCUCUGGGAUGGGGAGUCGCCAGGGCUUGGGCCAGCCGCGGGCCGGCCUUUGCCUGCUCCUGAUUUCCCUGCAGCUUCUGCCCCAGACGCAGGCCGCAGACCCUGUGGAUGUGCUAAAGGCUCUGGGCGUUCGGGGGGACCAGGCUGGGAUCCCCGAGGGGCCCGGUCUCUGUCCCCAAAGAGUUCCUGAUGGUGACCGGGCAUUCAAGGUGGGCAAGGCCAGCAUGCUCGGUGUCCCCACAUGGGAGCUCUUUCAAGAUGGGCAAUUUCCUGAGAACUUCUCUGUGCUGAUCACCCUGCGGGGCCAGACAGACAACCAGUCUGUGCUUCUCUCCAUCUACGAUGAGGGCGGGGUCCGGCAGCUGGGCCUGGCAUUGGGGCCGGCCCUGGCUCUCCUUGGUGACUCCUUCAGCCCUCUUCCCCAGCAAAUCAACCUCACAGAUGGCAGGUGGCACCGUGUGGCAGUCAGUGUGAAUGGCAGAACUGCAACUCUGGUGGCUGACUGUGAACCUCAGUCCCCCGUGUUGGUCCAGGGACCUCGAUUCAUCAGCACAGCUGGACUCACUGUCCUGGGGACCCAGGACCUCGAGGAGGAGACUUUUGAGGGGGAUAUUCAGGAGCUGCUGAUAAGCACAGAUCCUCAGGCAGCCUUCCAGGCUUGUGAGCAGUAUCUUCCUGGCUGUGAUGACCUGGAUCCUAAACCCACAGGGGUACCCCAGGGGGAGCCGGAGACCCCUCCCCCCCGGCGGAAGGGGAAGGGAAAAGGGAAGAAAAAAGGGCGAGGUCGUAAGGGGAAGGGCAGGAAGAAGAAGAACAAGGAAACUUUGGCACUGAGUCCACCUGUCUCCCUGGAGAACCAGACCUCCACUGACAUCCCCAAGACAGAGACACGAGCCCCAACUCUGCCUCCAACUCCCACCUCUUUGGUCAUCACCACUACUGUAGCCAUUGGCAGCAACGUCACCAUUCUAGAGGAGGGCCUGGACCCAGACAAUGGAAUUGAACUGGGGACCCUGGCAACCGAGUUAGACAAUGAAGAUGAAGAAGAAGGUGAAUCCACCAUGGGCCCCAACUUCCGGGCAGCAGAACAGUCAUGGAGCACUCAGUUUCAGAUCUUUUCUGGGGCUGGGGAGAAGGGAGAAAAAGGAGAACCAGCUGUGAUUGAAGAGGGACAGCAGUUUGAGGGACCUCCAGGAGCCACAGGACCUCGAGGGAUAGUCGGUCCUUCAGGCCCUCCUGGUCCCCCAGGAUUCCCUGGGGACCCUGGCCCACCGGGCCCUGCUGGACUCCCAGGAAUCCCUGGCAUUGAUGGAAUCCGGGGUCUCCCUGGCACAGUGAUCAUGAUGCCGUUCCAGCUUGCAGGAGGCUCCCUCAAAGGACCCCCAGUUUCCUUCCAACAGGCCCAGGCUCAAGCCAUACUGCAACAGGCUCAGCUGUCUAUGAAAGGCCCCCCUGGCCCCGUUGGGCUCACUGGACGCCCAGGCCCCAUGGGUCUCCCUGGGUAUCCAGGUCUGAAAGGAGAGAUGGGAGAAAUGGGGCCACAGGGUCCCCGAGGCCUUCAGGGACCUCUUGGGCCCCCUGGCCGAGAGGGAAAGAUGGGCCGCCCUGGAGCAGAUGGGGCUCGAGGCCUCCCAGGAGACACAGGACCUAAGGGUGAUCGGGGCUUUGAUGGCCUGCCGGGGCUGCCUGGUGAGAAGGGCCAAAGGGGUGACUUUGGUCACGUGGGGCAACCUGGGCCCCCAGGAGAGGAUGGUGAGAAGGGAGCAGAGGGACCUCCAGGGCCCACUGGCCAGGCUGGGGAGCCGGGUCCCCGAGGACUGAUUGGCCCUAGAGGCUCCCCUGGCCCCCUGGGACGGCCGGGUGUAGUUGGAAUUGAUGGUGCUCCAGGUGCCAAAGGAAAUGUGGGGCCUCCAGGAGAACCAGGCCCCCCAGGACAGCAAGGAAAUCCCGGGUCCCAGGGAAUCCCUGGCCCCCAGGGACACAUUGGCAUUCCCGGGGAGAAGGGUCCCCCCGGAAAUCCAGGAAUUCCAGGCCUCCCAGGAUCUGAUGGUCCUCCAGGUCACCCAGGCCAUGAGGGUCCAACAGGAGAGAAAGGGGCCCAGGGUCCAUCAGGGUCAGCAGGUCCUCCAGGCUAUCCUGGAUCUCGGGGUGUGAAGGGUACCUCUGGAAACCGUGGCCUCCAGGGGGAGAAAGGAGAGAAGGGAGAAGAUGGUUUCCCAGGCUUCAAGGGUGAUGUGGGGCCUAAAGGUGAUCGGGGGCAACCUGGACCCCCAGGUCCUCGGGGAGAGGAUGGUCCUGAAGGCCUGAAGGGGCAGGAGGGGCUGGCUGGUGAGGAGGGGCCCCCAGGCUCAGCUGGGGAGAAGGGCAAGCUUGGAUUGCCAGGUCUCCCAGGUUACCCAGGACGUCCAGGCCCUAAGGGAUCUGUUGGCUUUCCGGGGCCCCUGGGACCAUUAGGAGAAAAGGGGAAGCGGGGGAAGGCAGGGCAGCCAGGCCUGGAAGGAGAGCGGGGACCACCAGGUCCCCGAGGAGAAAGGGGGCAACCAGGUGCCACGGGGCAACCAGGUCCCAAGGGUGAUGUGGGCCAGGAUGGAGCCCCUGGAUUCCCUGGAGAAAAGGGCCUCCCAGGUCUGCAAGGCCCUCCUGGGUUCUCUGGACCAAAGGGUCCCCCUGGCCCACAGGGGAAAGACGGGCGACCUGGGCACCCUGGACAAAGAGGAGAAUUGGGCUUCCAAGGUCAGACAGGCCCACCUGGACCUGCUGGAGUCGUGGGUCCCCAGGGAAAGACCGGAGAAGCAGGGCCUCUGGGUGAGAGGGGGCCCCCAGGCCCCCCUGGACCUCCUGGUGAACAAGGUCUUCCGGGCCUGGAAGGCAGAGAGGGGGCCAAGGGGGAUCUGGGACCACUGGGACCCCUUGGGAAGGAAGGGCCACCUGGACUCAGAGGUCCCCCUGGUCCAAAAGGAGCCCCUGGUGACCCAGGACCUACUGGUUUGAAGGGUGACAAGGGUCCCCCGGGCCCCACUGGGGCCAACGGCCCCCCUGGGGAGCGUGGUCCUGUAGGCCCAGCAGGGGGCAUUGGGCUUCCCGGCCAAAGUGGAGGCCAAGGCCCUGUUGGCCCCAUGGGUGAGAAAGGGUCCCCGGGUGAACGUGGCUCCCCUGGCCCCACUGGCAAAGAUGGGAUCCCAGGACCCCUGGGGCUUCCAGGACCUCCUGGAGCUGCUGGGCCUUCUGGUGAAGAAGGGGACAAGGGAGAAGUGGGCGCCCCUGGUCAUAAGGGCAGCAAAGGCGAUAAAGGGGAUGCGGGCCCACCAGGACCAAUUGGGAUACAGGGUCCUGUAGGACACCCAGGCUCCCCAGGAGCAGAUGGAGCUCAGGGGCGCCGGGGACCCCCAGGCCUCUUUGGGCAGAAAGGAGAUGAUGGAGUGAGAGGCUUUGUGGGGGUGAUUGGCCCCCCUGGCCUGCAGGGACUGCCAGGUCCUCCUGGAGAAAAGGGGGAGGUUGGAGAUGUGGGGUCCAUGGGUCCCCAUGGAGCUCCAGGCCCUCGGGGUCCCCAUGGCCCCAGCGGAUCAGAGGGUCCUCCAGGACUGCCUGGAGGAGUCGGUCAGCCUGGUGCUGUGGGUGAGAAGGGUGAGCCAGGGGAGGCCGGAGACCCAGGACCCCCGGGAUCCCCAGGAAUCCCUGGGCCCAAGGGAGAAACUGGUGAAAAGGGAGACUCAGGCCCAUCUGGGGCUGCUGGACCUCCAGGCAAGAAAGGCCCCCCUGGAGAGGAUGGAGCAAAAGGGAAUGUGGGCCCCACGGGGCUGCCAGGAGACCUAGGCCCCCCUGGAGACCCCGGAGUUUCGGGUCAAGAUGGUCCCCCAGGGGAGAAGGGAGACCCUGGUGAUGUUGGGGGCCCGGGUCCUCCUGGUGCUUCUGGGGAACCCGGCCCCACUGGGCCUCCUGGCAAAAGGGGUGCUUCUGGUCGCAUGGGUCGAGAAGGCAGAGAAGGGGAGAAAGGUGCCAAGGGGGAGCCAGGUCCCGAUGGACCCCCAGGAAGGACAGGCCCCGUGGGGGCUCGAGGGCCCCCUGGACGUGUCGGGCCUGAGGGUCUUCCAGGGAUUCCCGGUCCUGUGGGUGAACCAGGGCUCCUGGGACCUCCUGGACAGCUGGGUCCUCCUGGUCCUCUGGGGCCCUCUGGCCUCCCAGGGCUGAAGGGAGAUGCUGGCCCCAAGGGGGAAAAGGGCCACAUCGGAUUGAUUGGUCUCAUCGGCCCCCCUGGGGAAGCUGGCGAGAAAGGGGACCAGGGAUUACCAGGAGUGCAGGGGCCCCCUGGCCUCCAGGGAGAACCCGGUUCUCCUGGUCCUAUCGGCUCUCUGGGCCACCCUGGGUCCCCAGGCGUGGCGGGUCCCCCAGGACAGAAGGGUUCAAAGGGGUCCCCGGGAUCCCAAGGUCCCCGUGGAGACACUGGACCCCCAGGUCCCCCAGGUCCCCCGGGUCCCUCUGCCGAGCUGCACGGGCUGCGCCGGCGCCGACGCUCGGUGCCAGUGCUGGGCCCGGGGGUCCCAGAGGGCGGCCUGGAGGAGGUGCUGGCCUCGCUCACCUCGCUGAGCUUGGAGCUGGAGCAGCUGCGGCGCCCUCCGGGCACGGCUGAGCGCCCCGGCCUAGUGUGCAGCGAGCUGCACCGCAACCAUCCGCACCUGCCCGAUGGGGAAUACUGGAUUGACCCCAACCAGGGCUGCGCGCGGGACGCGAUCAGGGUUUUCUGCAACUUCACUGCGGGAGGAGAGACCUGCCUCCAUCCGGAUAAGAAGUUUGAGACCGUGAAGCUGGCCUCUUGGUCCAGAGAAAAGCCGGGAAACUGGUAUAGCACAUUCCGUCGAGGGAAGAAGUUCUCCUACGUGGAUGCUGAUGGGUCCCCUGUGAGUGUGGUCCAGCUGACCUUCCUGAAGUUGCUGAGUGCCAUCGCCCGCCAGAGUUUCACAUACUCCUGUCAGAACUCAGCCGCCUGGCUGGAUGAAGCUGCAGGCGACUAUGGCCGCUCCCUCCGUUUCCUGGGGACCAACGGGGAGGAGCUGUCCUUCAACCAGACCGCAGCAGCCACCAUCACUGUCCCCUAUGAUGGCUGCCGGCUCCGCAAGGGACAGACGAAGACCCUCUUGGAGUUCAGCUCUUCCAGAGUGGGGUUUCUGCCCCUGUGGGAUGUGGCAGCCGUUGACUUUGGCCAGAUGAACCAGAAGUUUGGGUUUGAACUGGGCCCUGUCUGCUUUAGCAGCUGAGAGCUUCAGGGGUGGGAGGGAUCAAUGAGGGAGCUCCAGACGGGGCACAUUUGGUGCUGAGGCUUUGAAGCCACCAUAUUUAUCAUCUCCUAUGACUGUGGAGCCGGGGGAGAAUCUGCUCAUCACAGUCAAACAGUAUUCCUUCUCUAUUCCAGGGGUCUGGUGCUGGACUCCCCCUGGCCCAGGAGUCCAGUUUCCCUGCACUGCACCCCAGCUGGCAUAACCGUAAUCUGACUCUUUCUCCUCUCCAUGCUCACCCAAUGCUCAGCUCCCUCCUCCUGUGCCCCCCCAACCCCAUGCAAUGAACUUCUAACCCAGAGCUGUUGAAUGCUCCUCCACCAAUGCCUGCCUCCCACCCCAAAGUCAGUGCUCUCAACACCCUUUGGUGCUACCUUCCCCAUAUAGUUAAGCACUGGAUGUCUCCUGAUCCCAGGCUGGGACCCCUUCGCUCAUUCCUAGUGUCAGGUGGGUUCACAGCGAGGGGACUCAAAUCAGACUACAGAGGGAAGUGGGACUUCCCGGGAGUGAGCUGCGUGCUCCCUCUGCUGCCUCAGCCCAACCCUGAAUACCGCCUCCCUUCACAGCUCCUCAAUUGCAUCUUGCCAUGCCAGGUGACUUGGGGACCAAGACAGGGGGUGUAAGUCAGGAUCCUAAUGGUGCUGCCCUAUUUAUACCUGGGUCUGUAUUAAAAAGGGAAAAAUCCCCUCUGUUGUAUAUUUAAUCUGCUUCCUCCAUAGGGAAGGCUGGGAUAUGAUGAGAGAGAUUCUAGUAUGAUCCCCAUCCACCCCCCAUCUGCCCCUGGCCAUAGGGCAUAAUUGGCAUCUCGAGUCUGAGAAUAAACCAGUGAACUGUG